AUGCCCUUAGGCGAGUAUCAAGAGUACAAACGUUACUUCGACUUGGUGACGUUUAUUAUUCUGAUGCUCGUUCCCGCUACUGUCAGUAUCGUGGCGAUUAUAACGAUCGGCAUCGCCCAGCGCGAAAAAACCUUCAGCCAGUUCGGAAAUGGGGUGACAAAAAAGACAAUCAAGCAUGAAAAGAAGUUUGUCACCGCGCUGUAUCGAUACAAUGUCGCGGACAGCAUCUUUUACACCAUCUGUCUCUCUCCAACACGAUCGCUGGAGAUCUUCGGCCCGUACGCGUCGACUUGGGUGGUGGAGAAUAUUUUGACUUGGAUGAUUUAUGUUUCGAGGGUGCUGCUGGUUUCUUACUUUGCUUGUACGCCGAUUUUGUACAGUCUCUUCUUCGAUAUGAAGAUCAGAAAGAAAAAAGCGACUGAUCCAAAUUCUUCUUAUUCAACUUCAGCUACACUCAAUGAGGAUGAAGAAGAUGAAAAUGAUGAUUCUAGUGAAGGAGAUGAUCCAAUUGAGCCUGAGCUUGAUUGCAGAUGCAAUUCAAAGCCAAAAAACUGCUCGAGCUGCAAUUCAAAAUGCCUGGCCAUCAACGGCCGAAGAGUAUCGAUGGAAUUCACCUGCCCCGAAACUGGCUUCACUCAAACCUUCACCAACCAGAAAUGCAACAGAAUUAGAAAAAUGAACAUGAGCGAAAAUUGUGGAACACUGAGCUGUGCCUGUGCUGCAGAAUUGACUGUGGCAGAGACUGGAAAAGGUACCAAAUUCGAAUGCACCGCGGCGAAAAAGAAGCCUACUUACCGAGUCUACUGCGACGCCAACAACGACAAUCGAUUCAACUUGGGCGAGACGAAUCAAGAGCGAAAAGUCAAAUGCAAACGGGGAGCGAUCAAAAGAAAUCCUUUCAACUUGCAAUGUUAA